AUGAGAGAGGAUGUGGACAGAGACCUGCUCAGAAAGGCCACCUACAGAGUGGAAGUAAAAAGGGAUUCUUGGCUGUCUAAAUCAAGAUCGGAAAGCAGGAUCGGAAAGCAGGCUGUCUUCAGUCCAAUCAAGAUUGGAAAGCAGGAUCAAGAGAAAGAUGAUCAGACCGGAACAGGUAAACGUUCCAUACAGAGAUGCUUCGAAAGUGCGGAGAAACCUCACCGUCACAGCUCUAAUCACACCCUGACUGAUCUGAUCCCGCCCUGCCACGAGGCCCGGGUACCCCUCAGCGACGGGGACAUCCAGGUGUCCUUGGAUUUCCAGGGCACAGUGCGGGCCGGAAACAGGAACACAGAGGAGCCCUUUGGGAGGCUCGAGGCAGUCUCUUUCCAGUGGAUAGCGACACACCCUGCAGGGCAGUCCUCGGAGCGCUGGGGAGGCCGCGGAGCCUCACGUGUGCCGCCCCAGCCGCAGGCGCCCGGAAGGACGCGCGCCGACCCCGUGGGAGCCAACGCGGGAGACGCAGCCGGAGCGGAGCUGCUCAGCCGCGUUUCGCUCUGCUCAAGCUGGAAGCACCUGAGGUGGGCCCCACACAUCCCUCUGCUGUCUACAUCGCCCUGUUCUCUCUUCCCUACCACCACCCAGGAGCUGCUGUUUUACCACUUGCCAGGAUUGAAAUUCGGGGUUCUUACUGGGACUGAUGCCCUUGGCCAUGACGCACCCCCACCUGCUGUCUGCUCAGGCGUAGCCUGCGUGACUGAGCCACCACUGCUCCAGCUGCUUCACAGUUUGAUGGGGCGCCGGGCGGAUGACAGCGGGAACGGUUGUGAUCACUGGCGGAAUCCUAGCUACGGUGAUCCUCCUCUGCAUCAUUGCCGUCCUGUGCUACUGCAGGCUCCAGUAUUACUGCUGCAAGAAGAGCGGAACCGAGGAUGCAGACGAGGAGGAGGAGCGGGAGCACGACCUUCCCACGCAUCCCAGAGGCCCCAGCUGCAAUGCCUGCAGCUCCCAGGCCCUGGACGGCAGAGGCAGCCUGGCACCUCUCACCAGCGAGCGCUGCAGCCAGCCCUGCGGGGUGGCCGCGAGCCACUGCACUACCUGCUCCCCGUACAGCUCCGCCUUUUACAUACGGACGGCUGACAUGGUGCCCAAUGGGGGUGGAGGCGAGAGGCUCUCCUUUGCUCCCACAUGCUACAAAGAGGGGGGACCCCCAUCCCUCAAAUUGGCAGCACCUCAGAGUUACCCGGUGACCUGGCCAGGCUCUGGGCGUGAGGCCUUCACCAAUCCAAGGGCUAUUAGUACAGACGUGUAAACCCUUCCGCCCCUGACCCCACACACACCUACACUGCUGCCCUGGCGGGGGCCAUGGGGGCAGUGGAUGACCCUCCA